AUGAUAAGAGAGAAGAAGGAAAAGUGGUCUAGAUUGGUUACAGAUUGGUACCCACGACAUGGGAAGAGAAUAAAGGAAGACAGAACGGAAACAAGUAAUUGUUUUACGUCGUUAUCAAAACAGUUUGUAGAUAACUACUAUGAUAUAUUCACUAAGGUUGUCGAUGAAGCUUUAGCAAGAAUUCCUUAUUUAGAUUCAAAUGAAAUAAAGGAUCGUAUUAAAAAGAUGGCUGGUUAUUAUGCACUCGAGAGAAAACCUAUGUUAGCCGAACUCUUUCUUCAUGCUUACGAAAUGCUAGAACAGCCAGAAAAUUAUAACGAAGAGAAAAAAAAUCAAGCCUAUGCAUUAGCUUGUGCGAUGGAAAUGGGCACUUCUUACUUUCUGUUCAUUGAUGACAUGGAAGACGAUGGCAAGACACGUUGCGGCAAGCCGUGCUGGCACCUACUGCCAGACGCUGGACCAUUGACGUGGAACGACACCAGUAUGCUGAGAAGCUUCAUACACGAAUUACUACUACAGAAUUUUCCUGAAACUCUUAGCUUUAGAAUUGUAGAGUUUGUUAAUCAGAUUUAUUUUUUGUCGGCGGUCGGGCAGCAUCUAGAUAUUUCAACAUCGGAAAAACAGAAUUACAAAAAUUUUACUGUGGACUAUUAUUAUAAGAUAAACGAAGUGAAAGUGUCCUUUUUUGCUAUCCAGGCUCCGAUAAUAUUUGCUCUAAUUUUGGCUAACAAAGACACGAACGAAGCAAAACAGCAAGUGCAUAAUGUUUGUAACGACGUUGGAGUUUUUAUUCAAAUAAAGAAUGACUUAAUGGAUUUAUACGACAGCAAUGAAUUCAAAUCAUCAACAGACAUACAGAAAGGAAAAUGUUCCUGGUUAGCUGUAAAGGCGUUAGAAAUAUGUAAUAAAGAGCAACGAAAAAUCUUCCAAGAAAAUUACGGCAAUUGGGAUAAAAGCUGUGUGCGUAAAAUCCAAGAAUUAUAUGAUACGUUGAAAAUACAAGACAUAUAUGAAGAGGAAAAACAAACACAGUACGAAAAUUUCUUAAAAAAAAUUAACAAUUUACCUUCAAACGCUGUUCCUAGCGCUGAUAUUUAUAAAAAACUUAUUUCGAAUGACAUAACAAUAAGAGACAAGAACCGUGGCAACCUUGCUUCCUUUAUGUUGGCAGGAAAUGAGACCAUCAUUUCCUGCUAA